CCGAGCGCCCCCUCCCCGCGGCCCUGGGCCAAUGGCGAGCCGCGACGGCGCCCACGUGGGCCGGGCCGGCUGGGCGGCUGGCAAAAGGUGAAUGAGAAAGAAGAGCGCGAUUCAAAGGCGAGCGAGCCGGCGCGCCAAGGGAGCCGGGCAGGCAGGCAGGCGUCCGGGCAGGCGGGCCGAUGCAGGCCGGCGCGAGGGUGGUGGCGGCGGCGGCGGCGGCGGUGGGCGGCGGGCCGGGCGAGCCGGAGGGGCCCCGGCGCUGAGUCCGCCCGCCCCGUCCAGCCGCCGCUCCCCAUGCGGGCCGCGCUGCCGCUCAGGAUGAUGCCGCGCCCUCUGGGCACCAGCACGGCCUUCAGCAUCGACGCGCUCAUCGGCAGCCCGCCGCCGCCCAGCCCGGGCCACUUCGUCUACGCCGGCUACCCCAUGUUCAUGCCCUACCGGCCCGUGGUGUUGCCGCCGCCGCCUCCGCCGCCCCCGCCGCCCCCGCCGCCGGCCCUGCCGCCCCCGCCGCCCCCGGCCCUGCCGCCCGCCCACCCGCUGCCCAGCCUGCCGGGCGCCUUCUGCUCGGGCAUGGCGCUCACCUCCACCCUGAUGGCCGCCCUGCCCGGAGCCUUCGCCGCCCCGCACCACGACGCCGUCCGCAAGUUCGCCCCGCCGGCGCUGCCCGCCAACUUCGACAAGGCCGACGGCGCCGAGGCCGACGACGCCAAGGCCUUCCUGGCCAAGGACGCCGCGCUGCUCGCCUUCUCCGCCGCCGAGGCCGUGCAGGCCUCCCUGGGGGCCAUCCGAGGCGCGUCGGGGAAGGACGAGGCCAAAGGCGGCGGCGAGGACGAGGCCAAAGGCAAGGAGGACGGCUUCUGCAUGGACAGCGACCUGGACUACAGCUCCGACGACAAUCUGCCCGGGCCGGCGGCGCACAAGGAGGACGAGGCGGGCGGCGGCGGCCUGGAGGACGGCGGCGGCGGCCCGAGCGCGGCGUCGGGGGCGUCGGGCGCCAACAGCACCACCUCGACGGGCAAGAACCGCCGGCGGCGCACGGCCUUCACGAGCGAGCAGCUGCUGGAGCUGGAGAAGGAGUUCCACUGCAAGAAGUACCUGUCGCUGACGGAGCGCUCGCAGAUCGCGCACGCCCUCAAGCUCAGCGAGGUGCAGGUCAAGAUCUGGUUCCAGAACCGGCGCGCCAAGUGGAAACGCGUCAAGGCCGGCAACGCCAACUCCAAGACCGGCGAGCCGUCGCGCAACCCCAAGAUCGUCGUGCCCAUCCCCGUGCACGUCAGCCGCUUCGCCAUCCGCAGCCAGCACCAGCAGCUGGAGCAAGCCCGGCCCUGAGCGCGCCCGGACUCGGCGCCCGCCCGCCCGCCCGUCGGGGGGACUCUCUGCGCGGGGCCCGACGGCAAACCGGACCCACCGCCGCCUCUUACAUUCCAGAAGGGAAGGGCCCUCCCCCUCCCUGCAGCCGCUCUGGGGGGUUC